CCGAGGCGACCUGAACUGACCCGACUCCAGUCGCCGUCCUCCUCCUCCUACACCUCGCGCUCGCCGCGGCCCCGAGACCACCCACGAGACGACGGCGGCGAGGCGACCGGCGGCAGCAUUCCGCACCAACGGCCCUCGUCGGCGGCUCGGCGCAGUCUGCCCCGGAAACCCUUUCCUGCUCCUCCUCCUCGUCUCCGGCCGCCUCGGCCGGUCGCCUUCGCCGUGACUCGCAGACUGAAUCCUCUUCUUAUUCGCCGCCGCCGCCGCCGCCAAAAUCUGCCACGCCCUCCUUGGACGAAGCGCGCAGUGCCUUCCCGCUCCUCGACGACCGGCCGCGCAGCCAGCCCUGUCGCCGCCCGCCUACGCUGGUGCAGCAUUCUCUCCGGCAUACUAAAUUCUCUUCUGUGGCUUGGAUCUUCCGCCCUCCAGCUCCAGGAAGUUGGGUAUAAACAAGCAAUCAAGUCGGACACCCUCGUGAUCAUCUACAGCAGAAAUGGUGGUUAAAAUUGAAGAUUAUGACAAGGAUGGCUCUGUUAGCGCUGGCGCCAAGGUUCUUAAUAAUGCUUGCGUGGACCGACAGCCACAUCUCACACAUACUAGUGUUGAGGCGGAGGAGGAGGGACAGGCAAGCUUGUCUUCUAGUAAUUUAAAGUCACAAUUCAUCGCUAUGGGAUUUUCACCAAACAUCGUUGACAAGAUGCUUCAGAAAAAUGGUGAACAUGAUCCAAACACUAUAUUGGAGGCUCUUCUGUCACAUUCUGAAAUGGUGAAACCGUUGUAUGGAGAAAUGGAUAGAAUUGUUUCUUUGCUAGAGAUGGGUUUUACUAAGGAGGAAGUGUCAUUUUCUAUUGACUGUUUUGGCCAGGAAGCAACAGUUGAGGAGCUGGCUGACUCAAUUUUUGCAAGACGUAUUGCCAAUACCAUUGAGCAGAGACAGGUCAAAGUUGAGUCUGAAUUGGUAGGCAAAACCGAAACUGAGUAUUCAGAUUCCAGUGGGAGAUUGAGGUUUUAUGACGAUGAUGACGACAACAGAAGGUUUAAAAGGGUGAAGCAUCUGUUCAGAGAUGAUGGAGGGGCUUCAAGUAGUCGUGCUGCCAACACUCCAUGGCUAAGCGGUGGUGUCAGGUCAUUGAGUAAUGGGUUUGUGAAGGAAAGAGAUAAUGAGAUGGGAUCAGGCUCUGGUGCAAAUGUUCAUGUCGAUAUUGGCAAGCCCCCCUAUUUCCUCUAUGGAAACGUUGUCGACAUCAGCAAAGAUGCAUGGCAUGAAUUGUCAGAUUUCUUGUUCAGUGUGCAGCCCGAGUUUGUAAAUACCCAGACAUUCUCAGCUUUGAGUCGGAAGGAAGGCUAUAUUCAUAACCUCCCAACAGAUGGAAGACAUGUUGUGGGCUCAAAUUCACCGAUGACAAUUAAAGGCGCGGUACCAUUCACAAUUGAAGACUCUAUGCAGCCACACCAACUGGAACUUGCACUGGGUUAUCCAUCUGGCCAUACAGAUAUGCUUGGUCUAAGCACACAAGAGAGGAUUGCUGCCAUGAGAUUUGGCUUUCAAACUGAUACCAUCUCUUUUCUCUUGUCGGCCCUAAAAGAAAUGUAUCCAGAUGGGCUGAGGGUAUUGUCUAUCUAUAGUGGAGUUGGAGGUGCAGAGGUUGCUCUGCACCGUCUUGGUAUUCCACUGAAGUGUGUAGUAUCGGUCGAAGAAUCUGAGGUUAACAGGCAGAUCCUGAAACGGUGGUGGGGAAAGACGAAACAGGCUGGGCAGCUGAGACAAGUGUCUAGCAUCCAUAAGGUGAACACAAGUGUACUCCAGGAUCUAAUGGAUGAGUUCCAUGGCUUUGACUUAGUGGUUGGUGGAACCUACAGCAAUUGCGAAGGUGGCGAGUUGCCAGCAAACUAUACCCUGUGUCAGUUCUAUAACUAUGCUCGUGUUGUUAGCAUCCUGAGAAAUCUGUACGGGCUGAGGUAGUUGUUCCCUGACAUCAUUCUGGAUUGAUGAUGGACUGGCAACUUGGCAAGAGCUGGUGAAUUUAAAAUAUUCUGGGGUUCUGGAGUAAUUGCUAAGUUAAGCUGCUUCGAACAAUUGUAUGUGUAAAUCUGUUUUGACUUGCUAUAAAGCAGUUUCUUCAUUGCCAAGAUAAGAACAUCAGAUCAGUUUCCGGUCAAGUUUGUACCGUCUCUUUAUCAAUGAAUGAUGGAUUAACUAUCUUUCUGUUC